UCGGCCAUAAAAGUAUGUCAAAUUUGCGCAGCUGCGUUUGCAGUUUUUCAUCUUGGCUGUUCAUUCGUUUUCUAAGGUCCAUGUUAAAAUGUUGUUUAGUUUAUGUUUUUGUGCACAGCAAUGUGAUGUUCGUUUAUAUUAAUUUUUGUUGGGCUUUAAUUUCGAGUUAGUGAGCUUAAUUUUAAUUUAUAGUUAUGCAAAAGUGAAAAUAUAACCGGUGCUACAAAAUUGACGGAGGCGUUUUUACAGAAAAAAAAAAAUCAAAAAUGCAGUGAAUGCGGCUAUCUUUAUAUUACGUUAAUCACCUUAUAGUCUACCAAGAAACAACCAAGGUGAUAAAUGUAAUUUUUACAAGAAAUAAAUAAAAGAUCAAAUUGAGAGAAAUGUGGCACAAACACACCCAGGGAGAGUGCUACAAACAUGAAAUUCUGCCUAAGAAAAAACUUUUAUCAAUGACACCAAAAUUUCUGUGCAAGCUGUAUUAUCUUAUUGGCGUGCUGUUCCUGCCGCUUGUAACCUCAGGUCAUAAUUGCCAGCAUUUGCACCCCAAAGCUCAUGAGGUGAUUCAUGGCGUCCGCAUUGAAAUGGCUGGUUCGCCGCAUUCACAUCAGAGUACGCACGGCUUACAAAAACGCAGCAUUAAUGCCGCUGAGCAACCGCUGCGCAUCCUACUCUUCUACGACGAGUCUGUUUACAGAUUAGAUGAAGAUAAGUUCGAGUUGAUCAACAACACAGUAUUACCAGAGGCUGUACAGUUUUGGGAACAAGCGCUAAUGGUGCGCGAAACAAAGGGUGUAAUUAGGCUUAACAGAAAAUGUAACAGUACGCAAGUGUUUGUGAAAAAUGGACUGACGCAUUGCAUCGAUAACUGUAAAAAGGUGACAAUGUGCGGAGAAGUUGAAGUGCCAAAGGAACAUUUAGAUGUUUGUCGCGUAUGCAACGCCACCGGACAAAAUUGCCGAAUUGACGAGUCUACACAAGCAGGUGAUGGCAUUGAAAAUGCAGACUUUAUAUUUUAUGUGUCAGCACGGCAAACAGAGCGCUGUCACAAGGGUCUAACGGUUGCUUAUGCAGCACAUUGUCAACAAGAAGCCCAUUUAGACCGCCCCAUUGCGGGACAUGCCAAUCUGUGUCCAGAGAGUAUAAGCACAAAGCCGCAGGAACUACAGACUUUAUUGUCGACAGUGAAGCACGAAAUUCUGCAUGCGCUUGGGUUUUCAGUUAGUCUCUAUGCGUUCUUUCGUGACGAUGAAGGCCGACCCAGAACGCCACGCAAGCCCGAUACUGGAAAGCCUUAUUUAAAUGAAAAACUGCAAAUUCACCAGUGGAGCAACGAGACAAUAAGAACAGUGGUACGUGAAAAUUGGUCAGUACGUGGUGGUCAUGUUCGCAAGACGUUGGAUAUGAUGGUGACACCGCGUGUCGUGGCCGAAGUUCGCAAACACUUUAAUUGCCCAAAGCUUGAGGGUGCGGAGUUGGAAGACCAAGGAGGUGAAGGCACAGCAUUGACUCACUGGGAAAAGCGCAUUUUAGAGAAUGAGGCAAUGACAGGAACACAUACGCAAUCGCCAGUAUUUUCACGUAUUACUUUAGCAUUAAUGGAAGAUUCCGGUUGGUAUCGUGCCAAUUACAGCAUGGCGGCGCCGCUUUCAUGGGGAAAAGGUCUUGGUUGCAAUUUUGUUAUGCAAAGUUGUAAGGAUUGGAUUCAAGCUAAUAAUGGAAGUACGAGCAAUGAACGCGAGAAUUGGCUGCGAGGUCGUUCAAUUCAUCCGUUUUGUUCAAAAGUAAAGCAAGAUCCCUUACAAACUGAAUGCACAGAUGAUCGCAAUUCGGUGGCGCUGUGCAAUUUAAUACGGCAUGAUUACGAGUUGCCAAAGAAAUAUCAGAAUUUCGACAGCAUAAAUCAUGUCAAAAGCGGCGAAGAAGGCUAUUAUGGUGGAUCCGUAUCAUUGGCAGAUCACUGCCCCUACAUUCAAGAGUUUACGUGGCGCAGUAAAAAUGUAAUUGUGCGCGGCUCACAUUGUCGAUUUGUCGAGAAUAAUCCGAAACCUGAAAAGAAUUUCGCUUUGGAGAGCUACGGCAUCGGCUCGAAGUGCUUUGAUCACAGUGACUUUAUGUGGGAAGAGCGUUCAUGUCAUCAGACGCGUGAAUGGCAGCACUGGGGUUCAGGUUGCUACAAGUACAAUUGUACCGAUGGUCGCCUUCAUAUACUGGUGGCCAAUUACACCUACACUUGUUACUAUCCUGGUCAGACGUUAUCAAUACGUGUGAAUGCAAAUGACUGGUUGCAUCGCGGCGCAAUAAUUUGUCCACCAUGCCAUGAAAUUUGUGGUGAAUAUUUUGCCGAGCGGGAAGAGAAGUGUCGUAUGCGCGAAGAGGCGCCGCCUGCUAAUAAAUAUCCGCGGGAUACGUUAACAUGUGCGGCGUGUAUGGUGAUGCCUCGCAGCCAGAUAUUUAUGCUUGUUGCCAUAAUUGUUGCAUUUAUUGUACGACGUGCGGACAUUAUGUGUGGUUAACUCGGAAGGUGAAGAUUUUUGAGUUGUUUGUUUUACAUUUCUCGGGGUAGUGAUACGCAAUGUCCUUUUGUUUUUUUUUAUAAAAAUGUAUAAUGUGUACAAAAACUGUGUGUGCUCUCAGUUAAAAGUAAGCACACAUUUUACCAAUUAAUUUUAAGUGUAUCAAAUACCAUAUUUGUAUCUAACUAUGUAUGUAUGUAUGUAGAAAGCUCAAAUACUGUUUUAGGCUAAUUUAAUUAAAUGCAGUGUUAUACAUAUACAUAGAUUCAAUAUUCUAGAAGCAUCAAAGUAAACCCAGCCUAUCGGAUUUAAGUAAAAAAGCACUAAUUGAUAUAACUAAAGACUGAGAUCACCAUACUAGGUACUCAAAAAAAAAAGAAGCAAUUUGUGCGUCUAAUUGGCCAGCAAUGACACGAAAAUAAAUGUAUAAUAGUUAAUUUAUUGGUUUAAAAUA